AUGAAGACUCCCCCAGACAGAGCAGGCAUCACAUUUACUGUUGGAGCCCAGCUAGAAGCCCGUGACAAGCACAACAAAUGGUACUCGGGGAGGAUACAGAAGCUUGACACCGACAACCAGCAGGUCUUUGUCCAGUAUCGACGGGGUUCUAAGCGAUACCAGGAGUGGUUCCAAUGGGACUCCCCCCACAUCAGAGGACUAGACCGGGUCAGCCUGCGCAAACAGGGGCUGGACAGAUCUGGACAGAAACCGUUGUACAGUGCUGGCUCUAAAGUGAUGGCCUGCUGGACCGACUGUAAGUUCUACCCAGCCAAGAUCCUCAAACUGAACAAAGACGAUUCAUACACUGUGAGAUUCUUUGAUGGAGUCGUCCGCACCGUCAGACCCACCAAGCUCAAACCGUACGAUGAGAAAUGGAAACUGGAAAAUUCAAGCGAAGAAUGGGACAGUGAGUCCGAGGGAGAGAAGGAAGCGGAGAAUAAAGUUGUAGAGAUAAAAACAGAGGAGCAGAGCCAAGAGGAGCAGCCGCAGGAGCACAGUGGGGAGAACCAACCACAGCAACAUGGCGGAGAGAAGGAAGUACCAGGAGACAUGGGAGAUAUGGAGGACCGAGAUGCCAAAGUGGACACGGAUAAAAACAAGCUGAAAGAAGAGCAAAACCAAGAAAUGUUAACAGAAAGAAUUGAGAAAAGUAGUGAAAGCUUUGGGAAUGAGGAGAAGGUGCCAAGUGUUAAUGACCAGGCGGGUACAGAGGUAAAACGUGAGGCAGUAGAGACCAAGGAGAGGGUCAGGACUAAGGGCGUCGGAGAAAGGCAACGGAAGAGGAGAGCAGAACUUCUGACCAAAGCCAGAGCCAAAAGAAAACGCAUCCGUGAACACAGCUCUCCCCAUGACCUGCCCCUCCCCGUCGACCCGGAUCUGACGGCACCAAGCUCGGCCAACAGAGAGGUGCUGCUGGAGAGACAGGCCCACCUUCCCACCACACACAAGUUCAGCAGAGAGCCACUCUACAGAGUGAUAAAGCGGCAGCCUCCUCCGAUUCUCUCCAUCGAACUGGAUCAUAAUGAGUUCAAAUGUCCUGCUCCAAACUGCUCCAAGUCCUUCAGGAAGAACUCGCUGCUGCACUGCCAUCUGAAGUAUUACCACAGCAGUGCUCUGCAGAGUACGGCUGUGGCCACAGGACGAGAGAGCAGAAGAAAGCGGUUGUCGUCUGAAGGAAUCUCUGAUACGUCUGAGUCUAAACUGGAUCUUGACACCUGUCGUCAUGGAAACGGUCAGGAAACGGUUCCAGUGGAAACAGUUCCGAAGACGGACGCAGACAGAACCAUGAGACGAGAGCGGAGUAGAAACAGAAAACACUUCCUUCGGGUCAAGCUCAAGAAGAAGAAAAAGAAGAAAAAGAAGAAGAGGAGAAGAAGUCAUGCAGUAUUCUGCAGCAGCGAGGAUGAGUUCCUGGAUCAUCCGUCAGUCCCCAACAACCUGGACCCACCUAGACCAGGGCCAGAGGAGGGAAGUGAUUGGUCGACUCUGACGGCGGAGAGUGGCGAGGACACGCCCGUGUGGCCCGUGCCCGAAGAGACGGAGAGUGAUGUGGUCAAGUGUGUGUGUGAGGUCAACGAGGAGAGCGACUUCAUGAUCCAGUGCUCUCAGUGCCGCUCCUGGCAGCACGGCGCCUGCCUCGGCCUCCUGGAGCACCAUCAUCCUCAGAGCUACACGUGCUUCUCCUGCCGAGGCUCAGAGCAGACUCCUGCAGCGUCCAGGGACCGUAGGAAGCUCAGCUCUGAUUGGCUGACGUCUGGUCACAUGUUUGGGUUGUCCUGUGUGGAGCAAAACUUCUCUGAGCAGAAUUCUGCGCAGGUCGCUCACACGCGCCGUCUGCUAGCACACAGUCAUACAAUCUCCAUGGUAACGGCGGCCAUUGGGCUCAAGCUCCGCCUUCUGCAGUCUGGAUCAGAGGCAGAACUAAGGUUCUGGAGGUUACCGUGGCGACGUGAGGAAGGGGAGGAGCCCAAAGUUGUGUGUUACGUAAGCAGCGAGCACUGCUAUCAGAAACCAUCCCUAGCUCAAGCAGGUCCAGAGGAGUUCAAAUCAGAAUCGGAUCAGGACCACAGACCCCCUCGGCCCUCAGAGACCUGCAGGAGUCCAGAGCUCAAUCUUUUGGACCACAUAGAGAGUCUCCAACAGGAAAUCUGCAGCCGCCUGGAGCGGAUGGAGACGGAGCUGGACGGCCUGGAGUCCUGGAUGGACCAGCUGGAGGCAGACCCUGGCUCCCAUGUCCCGGAUCUGAAGCAGAGAUUUAGGCAGCUCUGGUGGGACCUGAGCACCGUGCGGCAGCUGUCUGUUUACUCCUGA